AGAAAUUAGAUGUGGCGACUCGGACAAGUGAAUGGAACAGCAGGUGGUUUCUUCUAUCUGCAAUGCAGCAGAAGUUGCACUGCAGCAGGGUUUACAGCUAGGGUCUGCAGCUAGUGCGCACGAUGGCUGUGGUGGUCAACAGGUUGCGUGAGCAAGGGCCUUUUUGAGGGUUUCCUGCUGCCUUUGCAGGCUUUCACCAUCCGAGUUUGUUGAGGGGUAGAGUGGGCAGGAGCAACUCUGUGCUUCCAAGCUCCUCCACCUUGUCAUCAAUUUUGAAACAUAAAUUGAGACACAAUGAGCACGGCGCAGCAGAUCGUGCUCUCGCUCCUGAACGACCCUCCCAGCGAGUGGAGCGUCGCCACAUGGUCCUGCUUCUCCAUCCCGCUGGUGUCGCUCGCAGCCUUACUUGGAAUCUACCUCAGGUCGCUUCACAUUGGGAACAGGAUCCCCGGGCCCCCCUCCGACAGCCUCCUGAGCGGCAACUACCCAGAGUACCGGCGCAAGGCGGGGGCCAACAGGAACGUGUCUGCAUUCUACGAGUGGCUCCAUGAGAAGUAUGGGCCUGUGGCGCGCUACUGGCUGGGCCCGUCCAGCCUCUGGAUCUCAUUUAGCGACCCGGCCGCGGUGAAGGACGUGCUGCAGAAUGCGGCGGAGCGGCCGCCCAUGAUGAAACAGCUGCUGCAGUUCCUGGGGGAGGACAACCAGACGUUCAAGAAGCAGGAGUUUGCGAGGCCACAUCGCACAGUCCUCCUUCAGCAUCUGGCUAGUCCAAAGGCCCUGCUGCGCUUGGGGGCAGUCGCCCGCUCAGUUGCAGAGAAGACUGCGGCCGCCUGGUCGGUGUAUGCAGAACAGGGCCUGAAAGUGGACCUCAGCGCUGAGCUUACGGCAGCCGCUGCUGAAGUCAUGACUCAGGGGCUGUUCGGAGAGCCGUUUGAGCGCUUGAGCGCCGAGGACAAGGAGGGCUUUGUGAAGCACCUGGCAGUUGCGGCAGACGGGGCGACCAAGUGGAGCACGAAGGUGGUUACCCCAUUUUGGAACAGCGGCUACCGCGCAGCGGCGCAAAGCUCCACCAGAUCGCCGGCCGCAUGCUCCAGAACAGCCGCCCCGGGGACGAGCCCAACCUAG